AUUAGCAGUAGGCAGUGAAUCUUUGUUUCUCUAGCUCUGGUUACAUGAUUGUAACCCGCACACCAUCGGCAAAGACACGUCCCUCGCGGUGAUCGAGAUUCAUUGUAUUGCCCCGAGGUCCUCUUCGCCAUGCUUUCGCCAUCGGGUCUGUCAUCGCCGUUUUGAUGUAUUCGGCAAAGUUGAAUUGUAAGAAUCGUUUUGCAGUGUAUGGUACUGGGAAGGCUGGCAUUGCGGGCAGUGGGCGGGGGAUUGAGCCGAUGCACACAGCCACUGUCAUCUGCACCUCGGACGGUUAACGCAGCUGUACCGUUUCUACCUUGCACUUCCUUAUGUCUAAGGAGACGAAGAGGUCAGCUACCAGGAAAUGCGCUUUUUGCAACAAUACAAAGUAUUGCCAACCGAGCUGGAGGAAGAUGAGUUAUUCAUAGCCGCGAUGAAGAUGUCUGCCGGACUGAACAUUCUAUUGGAUAGCAGGGCGAUCCAGAGUCGUACCGGCUACUGCAAAAUCCAGGAAACGGCCAACAUCGCAAGAAAGAAAACGUUGGAUUAUUUCUGGAUAGACACUUGUUGCAUUGAUAAGAGCAGCAGUGCGGAGUUGCAGGAGGCAAUCAAUUCUAUGUACCGAUGGUACCGACAAUCAAGCUUCUGUGCUGUACAUCUGGAGGGUGUUGACAUCACGCAUUACAACGGGCGGGUUGACUUUGCUACGAUAUUACAAUCUUGUAAAUGGAUCACUAGGGGUUGGACCUUACAGGAACUUAUUGCACCAAGGACGCUCAUGUUCUACGAUCAAGAUUUUACUUCUGUCCAAAUCUGGGGAAUGUAUAACGGAUUAGCAAAAGCUACCGGAGUCUCAGAAUACGUAUUGAGGACCGGGGAUUUGAGCCGGUCGUCUGUCGCCCAAAAGAUGUCAUGGGCAGCUACUCGUAAGACGACUCGAAUUGAAGACCGCGCGUAUAGUCUGAUGGGUUUGUUCGGAAUCCAGAUCCCCAUGUUGUACGGUGAGGGCGAAAACGCGUUCAGUCGAUUGCAAGAGGAAAUCAUCCGGACGACUCCCGACGACUCGAUCUUUGCGUGGAGAGCGGCUUGGGGAUCGGCCUCUAGCUAUUGCGGAUUGCUAGCAAAGUCGCCAGACGUGUUCGAACAAUCGCAAAGCGUUGAUCGAGGUCGUAGCACGUUUGCUAUGUCAAAUUUGGGUUUGAAGAUCGAAGCACUAUUGUCUCCGGAAUACGCCAGUGAAAAGCGAUUUCGCGAAAGCCGUUUGCCAGGACGUGCGGGUGCCGAUCCCAUCCACUUCCUUGUACUGGAUGCAAGCCAAAAUGGGAGAGCAAUUGGUCUACUUGUACGAAAGCUGGAAUUCAGCUUCUAUGCUAGAGUUGCACCAAACAGAUUCCAUGACGCAGAUGAGUCAGUGCUGGAGCGCCAGACACUAUAUUUCGAACAUCUGCUCCGAAUCCCAAGGCAGCUCACGAGCUGUGCGAUGCAUUGUCUCUACUUCGAGUUCGACCACUUGAGAUACCACAUACUAAGCGUACAACCUCAAGAACUAUGGAAUCCAGAUCGCAAAGAGCUUUCGAUCAAGUUAGCGUGCAUGCCUGGUAGAUACGACCCUAUCUUCUACCAGAGCUUUUUUGGCAUGGUUUGGCUUCGUUGCAACAGACCUGGCAGUGCGCAUCCAUUCUCGUUAUUCUUUGCACAUGAUUUGACAACCGGACGAUUUUGGGCUAAGCUGUUGAACUUCGACCUCACCCCACAUGAGAUGGAGUGGCAUAAUGCAAUCCAAGAUACUGAGAUUUCGAGAAGGUAUGAAGAGACUGAUGCCGCAGAAAAAUCUCAUGAGCUGCAACUUCCUUGGGGAGUUCUUGUCGAAAUCAACAUUCGUGCGGGCUUGCGUCGAGGCUUGAUUUCAUAUAUUGUCCGUAUAUCCUGAAAUAGGAAGCCCGCUUCACAGCUGGUUGGCUCGUUGCGAAUCUCUUCGCCCUUAUCGUGCUCAUAUGUCCGGCUAUUUGGCGAUCCCGGUCAGCAAUAUGGAUGGCCGAUUCAGCCAGCGUAUCUGCCGUAACCGACUGCCAUUGGACCGAACGCAGAACCCCAAGACUCUGGAUGGCACACAGAGCGAAGACCGCUUUAU